CUGGGGACCGAGCUUGGGGUUAUUUUUGUUGGGCGCAUAAGUUUGGAUCUGUCGCCGAGGUGAAGCUUCUGGAGGCGCCGUAGAGGAAGUCUGAUCCCAGUGAUGGCAAGCGAGCCGAUAAUACUCAAUGUCUAUGAUAUGUACUGGAUCAAUGAGUUCACCACCUCUCUGGGCAUCGGGGUCUUUCACUCAGGGGUUGAGAUCUAUGGAAGAGAGUUUGCUUAUGGCGGACACCCGUACCCUUUCUCAGGAAUUUUCGAGAUCACUCCAGGAGAUGCAAUGGAGCUCGGUGACACGUUCAAAUUCAAAGAGGCCAUCCUUCUGGGUACCACAGACUUCACAGAGGAGGAUGUGGAGCGGAUUGUGGAAGAGAUGGGGAAGGAGUUCAAGGGCAAUGCCUACCAUCUCAUGCACAAGAACUGCAACCACUUCUCCUCAUCUCUGUCCGAGAUCUUGUGUGGCAGAGAGAUCCCUCGCUGGGUCAACCGUCUGGCCUACUUCAGCUCGUGCGUGCCAUUCCUCCAGAGCUGCCUGCCCAAAGAGUGGCUGACUCCCGCCGCCCUGCAGUCCAGCGUGAGCCAAGAGCUGCACGCGGGAGGGCAUCUGGAGGAAGGAGAAGACGCGGCCGCCACUGCCUCCCUUGCCUCCAUGUCACCAUGCACACCAACCAGACCCAGUCUCUCGUCUGUGCCCCGAACUCCCCCGACACCACCAGCCACGCCGAUAGGAUCUCUGGCUGGACUGUUUUUUGUCAGGUAAUAAAAGCAGUCACAAGAAUCUAUGGCUGCAAAUCUGAUGUCAUUGCUGUAUUUAAAGGUGCAUUGUGUAACUUUUCUGGUGGAGGGACUGUCAAAUACGUUACUGAUUUGUCUGGAAUAUUUCACAGUAUAGUAUUUCUAUCAUCAUGGAGACCAAAUAAAACCAAGUUAUAGGUCAUAUGUGUGGAGAGGCUCACAGUCAGAAUGCCUGUUUUUCAUGGUAUUUUUGAAAACCACCAGUAAUUUAAUAAAUAUUGGGUCGAGCUGCUUAAUGUCAGACUGUGGAACAUUCCAGGCAGAGCAAUGACAUAUCCAUAGAAACAAGCAGGUGACGGACCCCCAACCAGAAAAGUUACACAAUGCACCUUUAAGCAAUUCAUCUGCUCUAAGAAUGUCAGCUGGAAAGAGCAGAAAGAACUGUUGACAAAUGCUGGAUUUUUAUCAUUCCUGACUGAAGAAUAUUUUUUCUAGGAACUUGACUACACUGGUGCAAAGGUCUUUACAUUUCAUAAAACCUUGACAGGAAAAAAUGCAAAAUAGCAUAAGGCCAGCUGGUCAAAAACAUUGCCUGAAAUUCACUGCAGUAACAGCUGUUGCUUUCAUUUAGUCUUUAUAUAAAAAUGACUGCAAACAUAUGUAAAAGAAAUACUAUGUUCACUAUAUAUGCAAGUUUAGUGAGAUUUAAAAACAUUUACUUUAUAAAGAACCUCAAAAGGCCUUAUAUUUCGAGAUGCAGACGCUCUCAAGAGUUCAUUUUGUAGUUUUAUGCCUAUUGUUAACAUUGCAUAAAAAAAUAGAUGAUGAGUAGCUUUGCUGAAACGGUAAGACAAUGUGGAAACAAUUUUUUUCUACAUCGCCUCACACUGUAAAUCUGUUUGUGUGUUGUAGGCCUAUUUACAAAGGUCAAGUUUUUUACAUUCCAACUAAGAUAAUAGUUAAUAUCGUGACCUUGUUGCUGCCUUUUCAAACUGGUGGGUCUUACGUGGAUCCUGUGGACAGAGAGAAGAGCCGUGCAGCUGAUUUUACAACAGCUGGACAACUGACAAGUAUUUUUUAUCUAUGUGGUAUUACUAAUAUUAUUGCCUGAAGGCCUUUUUGUGAAAGUGAGAUUUAACUCAGGAUGUAAAAAGGCUUUUAAAUGUAAUUAUUUUAUCCUGUUUCUUAAUUUUCAAUUUUUUGUAUGCGAAUAAUCACUUUGAAGUCCAGUUUUAUACUCUGCUCUGUGAUAUGAAGAUGAUAUUUUGUUUAUGGGUAUUGUGUAUGCAAAUCUGUUUGAACGCAGACAGCUGCCAAGUUGGACACCUUUUCUCAGCACAGACACACCCUCAAAGAUAACUUUUACUGUUCUUUUUACCAUCCUGUGCUCCACAAUUUCGUUCAAGAUUUUUUUCCCCCUGAAGGUGUAUGCUGACAGUGUAUAUAUCUGAAAACUGUCCUGUUUGAGUAUUGUACUAUAUUAUACCAUAACAAUGUUGGCAGUUCGCACCUCCUACUGGUCAUAUCGAACUAAAUAAACAGACAGAGAAAUAACUUCAUGUUUUACCAACCACCUGCCUUUUUAAUUUAUCCCAGUUCAUUUAUUUUUUUACUUCACCUAUGCCAAAGAUAUUUUGACAUGAUUGUUUGUUUAUAUUGCUGUGUGUUAAGCUAAAAGUUAUGUUUUUUGUUGUACUUGUUGUAUAAGUGCUGUCUUGUCAAUAUAAAGUUUUUUUUUUGCUGCUGUUCACUUUGUUAUCUGUUACACACCUUUUCUGAGCGAUGAACAGAAAAAAAAACAUCCAUCACCAAGCCUUCACUGGAGCUGUGUGGAUUUCUACCCAGUUAAAAUGUUAUUAAAUGUUAUAACACUUA